UACUGCGCUGCCAGACUUCUGCCUCUGUCUUAGCGAAGCUUCGUCUCGCAGCUUUUGCGCUUUCUUUUCCUUUCCCUUAACUGCUGGUUAUUUUCGCCUCCGCUUUUGUAUCCUUUCUCCGCAAUCUGCAGAACUUCUCUGGGAAAUGCGUCAGUAAAUCCGCAACUCAUAAAGAGACGUCAGCUGCGCAGUACCAUUGGCUUUUAUAGUCUCCAGAGCGCUAAGAACAAUGUGCCGGGGGGCCCUGACCGGGCUGCUCCUAGUCCUGUGCCUGAGUGCACUGCUACGUGCAGCCCCUUCUGCAACAAACAAGAAGCGCAGACAGGCGCAGCAGCAGCAAGAAAUACAACCCCAAGGAACGCAGGACAACCAACAGAAAGGAUGUUAUGACAAUGGAAAGUACUAUCAAAUCAACCAGCAAUGGGAGCGCACUUACCUGGGGAACACACUGGUGUGUACCUGUUAUGGUGGAGGGAGAGGUUUCAACUGUGAAAGCAAACCAGAGUCUGAAGAGACCUGCUUUGAUAAAUACACUGGUGUUUCUUACCGGGUCGGUGAAACAUAUGAGCGUCCAAAGGAUAACAUGAUCUGGGACUGUACCUGUAUUGGAGCUGGGAGGGGGCGCAUCAGUUGUACAAUUGCAAAUCGUUGCCAUGAAGGAGGACAGUCUUAUAAAAUUGGGGACACCUGGCGUAGGCCACAUGAAACUGGGGGUUAUAUGCUGGAAUGUGUCUGCCUUGGAAAUGGUAAAGGGGAGUGGACCUGCAAACCUGUUGCUGAGAGAUGUUAUGAUAACACAGGCGGGACAUCAUAUGUAGUUGGUCAGACCUGGGAAAAGCCUUAUCAGGGCUGGAUGAUGGUGGACUGUACAUGCUUGGGAGAAGGCAGUGGACGGAUCACAUGUUCUUCCAAAAACAGGUGUAAUGACCAGGACACCAGAACUUCUUAUAGAAUUGGCGAUACUUGGAGCAAGACUGACUCCAGGGGAAAUCUGUUGCAAUGUAUCUGUACUGGCAAUGGACGAGGAGAGUGGAAAUGCGAAAGACAUUCCUCUGCACAAGCAACUGGUACUGGCUCAAACCCCAUCACAAACAUUCAAACUGCACUAUACCAGCCUGAUUCACAGCUGGAGCCCUAUGGCCACUGUGUAACUGAAAAUGGUGUCUUGUAUUCUUUGGGUAUGAGAUGGCUGAGGACACAGGGUAGCAAGCAAAUGCUCUGUACCUGCCUUGGUAAUGGAGUGAGCUGUGAAGAAACUGUUGCAACUAUAACAUUUGGUGGUAAUGCCAAUGGUGAGCCAUGUGCCAUUCCUUUUACUCAUGACGGCAGAACCUAUUAUGCAUGCACAAGUGAGGGUCGUCAGGAUGGAAAACUGUGGUGUGCAACAACCUCCAACUAUGACAGUGACAAGAAGUAUUCAUUCUGCACUGAGCAGCGUGUACUAGUACAGACGCGAGGUGGCAACUCCAAUGGAGCUCUUUGCAACUUCCCAUUCUUGUACAACAACCGCAACUACACAGACUGCACCUCUGAAGGGCGGAGGGACAGUAUGAAGUGGUGCGGAACCACUGUCAACUAUGAUGCUGACCAAAAAUUCGGAUUCUGUCCCAUGGCAGCUCAUGAGGAAAUUUGCACUACUAAUGAGGGAGUCAUGUACAGAGUUGGUGAUCAGUGGGACAAGCAGCAUGAUCAAGGCCACAUGAUGAGAUGUACUUGUGUUGGAAAUGGUCGUGGGGAAUGGACUUGUGUGGCGUAUUCGCAGCUUAAAGACCAGUGCAUUGUGGAUGGGAUAACAUAUGAUGUGAACAGUUCUUUUACCAAACGCCAUGAGGAAGGACACAUGAUGAACUGUACCUGUUAUGGGCAGGGGCGUGGCAGAUGGAAGUGCGAUGCUAUAGACCAAUGCCAGGAUACUGAAACCCGACAGUACUAUCAGAUUGGAGAGUCUUGGGAGAAGCAUUUGCAGGGAGUGCGGUACCAGUGUUACUGCUAUGGCAAAGGAAUUGGUGAAUGGCAUUGCCAGCCUCUAUCAACAUCCCCAGCUGGGACUGGACCUGUUCAGGUUAUUAUCACAGAGAGUGCCAAUUUCCCUACAUCUCACCCUAUACAGUGGAAUGUCCCACAGUCCUCACACAUAAAGAAUUACAUCCUGCGCUGGAAGCCUAAACUGAAAGCUGGCCCAUGGAAACAAGCCACCGUUCCAGGACACCUGAACUCUUAUACCAUCUCUGGCCUGAAACCUGGAGUCCUGUAUGAGGGGCAGCUGAUCAGCAUUCUGCAGUAUGGAAAUAGAGAGGUCACAACCUUUGACUUUACCACCACCACUACCAUACACCGCCACAGCCAGACAGAGACUGGAGAAACCACCCCACCUCCAUCAUUUGUGGGCACAUCUGAAUCUGUAACAGAAAUCACUGCUAGUAGUUUUCUGGUAUCCUGGGUCUCUGCAUCUGACACAGUGUCCGGCUUCCGUGUGGAAUAUGAGUUGAGUGAGGAAGGAGAUGAGAAACGCUAUCUAGAACUUCCAAACACUGCUACUUCAGUCAGUAUCCCAGACCUCCUCCCAGGCCGUAGAUACAAUGUGAAUGUUUAUCAGAUAACCGAAGAGGGUGAAAAGAGCCUCAUCUUAUCAACUACUCAGACAACUGCACCUGAUGCACCCCCCGACCAUAAUGUGGAAAAUGUUGAUGACACCUCCAUCAUGAUCAAAUGGACCAAACCUCAAGCUCCCAUAACAGGCUACAGGGUUGUAUAUAGUCCAUCCGUAGAAGGCAGCAGUACAGAGCUAAACCUCCCAAGCACUGCAACUUCAGUGACCCUGACUGAGCUGCUCCCAGGAAUCGAAUACAACAUUACAAUCUAUGCAGUGGAAGACAGUUUGGAAAGUUCUCCCAUCUUUGUUCAGCAGGGGACAACUGGAACGCCACAGAUAGUCGUAGUACCAUCUCCAAGUGACUUACAAUUAGUGGAAGUUACAGAUGUAAAAAUUAUCAUCAUGUGGACCCCCCCACAGAGUGACGUUUCUGGUUACCGAGUUGUUGUGAAACCUGCAAGUCCCGCUGGGCAUGAUGAUGUGCAGAAUCUCCCAGUGAGCAGGAACACUUACGCUGAGGUGGUUAACUUGCAGCCUGGCAGGACCUAUUCCUUUGAGGUAUAUGCAGUUAAACGUGGACAAGAGAGUGAACCCUUGGUUGGAGAAUUUGCUACCAAACUUGAUGCCCCAACAGACUUGCAGUUUACUGAUGUGACUGACUCUACAGUUGUUAUCAUCUGGAUACCACCCCAAGCCAAAAUUGGUCGUUACCUGCUGUCUGUGGGUCAAACCCGGGGAGGUCAGCCGAACCAAUUUCACAUUAACCCCUCUGUCACCAACCAUAAGCUGGAGAAUCUCUUACCAGGCACAGAGUACACCGUUUCACUGGUUGCCCUAAAAGGCAAUCAUCAAAGUGUCAGCGCUUCUGGAGUCUUUUCAACAUUGGAACCUGUGGAACCUGUGGGAUCAAUUCCACCUUACAACACUGAAGUCACAGAGACCACCAUAGUUGUAACAUGGACACCUGUGCCCAGAAUAGGGUUCAAGCUGGAUGUUCGACCCAGCCAAGGUGGGGAGGCACCUCGGGAAGUUAUAUCAGAGUCUGGAAGUAUCGUUAUCUCUGGCCUAACCCCCGGAGUUGAAUAUACAUACACCAUAUCUGUUCUUAAGGAUGGUGUUGAGCGGGACAUUCCCAUCACCAAGACUGUUGUCACACCCAUUGCUCCUCCCACCAACUUGCGUCUCCAACCAAGCAGAGAUUCUGCUACACUUACUGUUUACUGGGACAGAAGCAUUUCACCAGGAAUCACUGGGUACAGAAUUGCUACCACACCCACUACCACGCAGGCUGGCAAUUCCUUGGAAGAUGAGGUUGGUCCAAGUCAGACAUACUGGGUCUUUGAAAACCUGAGCCCUGGUGUAGAGUACAACGUCAGUGUGUAUGCAGUUAAAGGGGAUGAUGAGAGUGCACCUCUCUCCCAGAUCUUUGUUCAAGAAAUACCCCAACUGACUGACCUAAAGUAUGACGAUGUAACUGACACGAGCAUUGACCUGAGGUGGACGCCCCUUAAUUCCUCCAACAUUAUUGGCUACCGAAUCACGGUGGUUGCGGCGGGAGAAUCAGUCCCCAUCUACGAGGAAUUUGUGGGCCCCACAGAUGGGUAUUACAAAGUUUCAGGAUUGGAACCCGGCAUUGACUAUGAGAUCAGCCUGAUAACACUUAUUAAUGGCGGAGAGAGCACCCCGACCACAAUCGUACAGCACACGGCUGUUCCACCCCCAACUAAUUUGCGCUUCACCAACAUUGGCCCUGACAACAUGCGUGUCAUCUGGUCACCUCCAACUUCUAUUGAACUAUCAAGUUAUCUAGUACGGUAUUCUCCUGUGAAGAAGCCAGAUGAUGUGACCGAACUCUCCCUUUCACCAUCUUCCAACAUGGUAGUUCUAUCAAAUUUGCUGCCCUUCACUGAAUAUUUAGUCAGCGUUCACUCUGUUUAUGAAGAGCGAGAGAGUAGUGCCCUCAAUGGCGUAUCCAAAACCCAUUUGGACUCUCCAACUGGCAUUGACUUUUCUGAAAUUACUCCAAAUUCAUUCACUGUGCACUGGAUUGCUCCACGUGCCCCUGUCACUGGGUACAGAAUUAGGUACCAAUUAGAAAGUGGAGCUGGGCGACCCAAGGAGGAGCGGGUACCUCCUUCCCGGACCUCUAUCACCCUCACCCACCUCAUUCCAGGUUCAGAAUACCUUGUCAGUAUCAUUGCAUUCAGUGGUCAACUGGAGAGUUUGCCGCUGUCUGGACAGCAACCCACUGUAUCUGAUGUCCCAACUGACUUAGAAGUGACUUCCUCCAGUCCCAACACACUCACCAUCUCUUGGGAAUCUCCCGCAGUGAGUGUACGUUACUACAGGAUCACCUAUUCCCAGACAGGAGGUCAUGGUCCAGAGAAAGAGUUCACAGUUCCAGGGACAUCCAACACUGCAACCAUCCGAGGCUUAAAUCCAGGAGUUAACUACAUUAUCACUGUUUAUGCAGUGACUGGCCGAGGAGACAGCCCUGCCUCUAGCAAACCACUUACUGUUACUCACAUGACGGAUGUUGACCAGCCAACUGACAUGGCUGUCACAGAUAUCCAGGAUCACAGCAUCCAUGUCAAGUGGUCUCCUCCUCCAGGCCCUGUUACUGGUUAUAGGGUCACUAGUGUCCCAAAAAGUGGCGAAGGAGAGACUUUUUCCCAGGUCGUUUCUCCAGAUCAAACUGAAAUGACAAUUGUGGGUCUACAACCAGCUGUAGAGUAUGUGGUGAGCAUAUACUCACAAGGUGAAAAUGGCGAGAGCGAGCCUUUGGUUGAAACUGCAGUUACAAACAUUGACCAUCCCAAAGGACUGACAUUCACUGAUGUGGGUGUUGAUUCCAUUAGACUUGCUUGGGAGGUCCCAGAUGGGCAGGUCACCCGCUACAGGGUCACCUACUCAAGUACUGAGGAUGGAGUAAAAGAGUUGUUCCCAGCUCUAGAAGGGGAUGAGGACACGGCAGAAUUGCACGGUCUGAGGCCGGGCACAGAAUACACUGUGAGCAUUGUGGCAUUGCACGAUGACAUGGAGAGCAAGCCAUUGAUUGGAAUUCAGAGCACAGCAAUUCCAGCACCAACAAAUCUUCAGUUCUCCCAAGUGACACCAAGUGGCUUUUCUCUUAGCUGGCAUGCCCCCACUAUCCAUCUCACUGGGUACCUUGUACGAGUGAGCCCUAAGGAGAAAACUGGACCGAUGAAGGAAGUUAGACUUUCUCCUGGUGUCACUGCUACAACUAUAAGUGGUCUGAUGGUGGCCACAAAAUAUGAAGUGAAUGUGUUUGCCCUUAAGGAUGCCCUUACAAGUCAGCCACUGCAGGGUUUAAUUUCUACACUUGAUAAUGUAAGUCCACCUCGAAGACCCCGUAUCCAAGAUGUGACUGAGACUACAGUUACACUUUCCUGGCGGACUAAAACUGAGACUAUCACUGGCUUCCAGAUUGAUGCUAUACCUGUAGGUGGUCAGAAUCCUAUCAGACGAACAGUUGAUGCAGAUCUCCGAACAUUUACCAUCACAGGUCUGCAGCCUGGCACAGACUACAAGAUCUAUCUCUAUACCUUAAAUGACAAUGCUCGUAGCUCUCCAGUGACUGUUGAUGUCACCACAGCUGUGGACUCUCCAUCCAACCUGCGUUUCCUGACCACAACUAGCAACUCCCUGCUGUUCACCUGGCAGCCACCUCGCACUCGCAUCACUGGCUAUAUAAUUCGCUAUGAAAAAACUGGAGGACUACUGAAGGAGCACCUCCCACGUCUCCCAGCAGGAGCCACAGAGUCUACUAUUACCAACCUGGAGCCAGGCACAGAAUAUAUUAUCUAUGUUAUUGCUGUAAGAAACAAUAUGAAGAGUGAGCCUCUUGUGGGACGUAAGAGAACAGACGAACUCCCCCGCCUGGUUACACUUCCACAUCCUGGCCAAGGCCCCGAAAUUCUUGAUGUUCCCACUGAUGAAGAGAACACACCCCACAUCACACAAGCCAAGUUGGACAAUGGUAACGGCAUCCAACUUCCAGGCUCUAAUGGACAGAAGCCCAGUUCUGGCAAUGAAGGGCAGCUUAUAGAGGAACAUGGUUUCAGAAGUCCCCUUGCACCCACUACUGCUGUGCCAGUGAGGCCAGGGCAGUUCACCCCUGGGCGCUACCCACAGGAGAGGGUUGCUAUUGAGCUAGACACAGAUUUCCCUGUACAGCAUGGAGAUCAUGAUGGUCCUUACCCUCAUGGCUUAGGACCCCAGCUGAAUGAUUCUGGCGUCCAAGAGGUGGCAUCCCAUACUACAAUUUCAUGGAGACCCGAGUUGGAAACCACUGAAUAUAUCAUCUCCUGCCAUCCUAUUGACCAUGAGGAGGCACCAUUGCAGUUUACAGUUCCUGGAACCUCUUCUAGUGCCACAUUAAAUGGUCUGACUCGGGGAGCCACUUAUAACAUCAUUGUGGAAGCGCAAAAGGGGACUGAUAGACAGAAGGUCUUAGAGAAACUUGUGACUGUUGGCAGUCCUGGUUCUCCUGAGGGAGUUUUACAGCCAGCUGAGGAUACCUGUUAUGACACAUUCAAUGGAGCACACUAUUCUGUGGGACAAGAAUGGGAACGCAUGUCAGAAUCUGGUUUCAGGCUUUGGUGCAAGUGCCUGGGCUACGGGAGUGGACACUUCAAAUGUGACUCAUCCAAAUGGUGCCACGAUAAUGGUGUCAAUCACAGGGUUGGGGAGAAAUGGGACAGACGAGGAGAGAAUGGACAGAUGAUGAGUUGUACCUGUCUCGGCAAUGGAAAAGGAGAAUUUAAGUGUGAACCUCAUGAAGCUACAUGCUACGAUGAAGGGAAGAUGUACAAUGUUGGUGAACAGUGGCAGAAGGAGUAUCUAGGGGCAAUCUGUUCAUGCACAUGCUAUGGAGGACAGCAAGGGUGGAGGUGUGACAAUUGCCGCAGACCAGGUGCUGUAGUUCCUCCCGAUGGCAGUGCUGGCCAUACAGUCUCUCAGUUUACACAGAGAUACCAACAGAACUAUAAUUUGAACUGCCCCAUUGAGUGCUACCUUCCCCUGGGCCUUCAAGCAGAUACACAGCAUCCGCAACAGACCCAGAAGUGAAGAACAUCACAAUACAGCCAUGGCACCACAUGGGCGCACAUGUUCAGUUAAAUGGCACCUUAUUAAAAGAUAAUGUGCCCUUACUAACUGACUGAAGAUACAAAAUACUUCAACCUUCACUGGAAGUAUUUGAAUGCCAUUCAGUAUUCAGUGAUUGUAAUGUUUAUGUUAACUUUGCUUUUAAUUAAGUUUGGAAAAUGGUCCUUUUUUUUAAAUAAAAUAGGUGCUUUUGUUAGUGCCUUUUUUUAAUUUGGAUUAGAAAUUAAAUUUGUAAAAAGGGCACCACUUGUGGCUGGGAGAAAGUGUAAUAGUUAUUUCAGUGCUGGCUGAGCUGGCACCCAUGGACUUUAAAUUCCAGACAAAAACCAAAGGGACCAUUCUGUUUUAUAUUCCUGAAGUGGUGCUGCACCUGCUGCUUCUGACACAAUUUACCAUAUGCACAAUCAUAAUUCCUUUUCCGCACAAUCCUUACUAAUGCCGAACCUUUCUCUACCGUCAGUGUUAUUUAUCAGUGUCUGCUUCUUCAUAUGAUUCCUUCUAUUUUACUACAGAAAAGUGAUUCUAGAGUCUUGAAAGUGAUGGCAGUUGAAUUUGAUGUAAUUAUGGUUGGUGAUUUUAUUGUAUUUUUUUAUACUGUAUGUGCCAAAGCUUUUACUACUGUGGAAAGAUAAUCAUUCUUUUAAUAAAAAGACCUUGAAAAUA